AUGCCAUUAUUUGCAUACUUAACGAAUCAAAAAAUUCCAGUGAGUAAAUUAAGCUUAGCAGAACGUCGUUGGCUUAUUUUGGUAUUUUCAUUUUGGAUUGGUGCAUCAACGCAUUUCAUUUUAAUUAAUUGGGAUCGUGGCGUAUUUCCAUCGCCACCAUUUUAUUCGCCAACGCUUGUAGCAUUACUUUUUGAGUUUGUUGGUCCAAUGGUAGCUUAUGAUCGAUCGUUACUUCUUUUAAAUACCAUUGGUAUUGCAACACUCGUAUGCUUCACGUAUGCAUAUGUUUAUGCUUGCUUCACGUUCACGUAUUUUUAUACCUCUCUGAUUGCAAUUGCUUCAUCAUUUUAUAGUAUGCAACAGCAUCUUGCUGAUCCAAAAUUAGUGAUGAAAAUAAAGUUGAGCGUACCUUGCUUUGCUGUUUCAUUGUCACGUGCGCUGCAGUCGGGAAGAGUUAUGGAGGCAAUUAAAUCAGAACUUAACCUUGGUACCAUCAAAGAAUUACCACUUAGAUUUAGUGGCGGAUGUAUUAAUAGAGCUAAAGCAUAUAGCACUGAUGAAUAUGGUGAUAUUUUUGUGAAAUUUAAUGAUAACGAAAAGGCUCAGGAGAUCUUUGAUGGUGAAUUUGCAAGUUUACAAGCAUUGUUAAAUACGAAUGCAAUUAGAGUACCGAAACCAAUCAAGAGAUUUUCGAUAGAUGGUGAUUUCUGCUUAGCAAUGGAAUUGUUGGAUAUGCAUGGUCCAUCAGAUUAUGAGAAGCUUGGUACCAGUAUUGCAAAAUUGCAUUUACAUAAUCAAUUCUUAAUGGAAGCAAAUAAAAAGACUCAGUCAACAAUUGGUGGUAUUGACAAACAGUCGGAACCAAUUGAGAAAUUCGGAUUUUCUGUACUUACAUACAGUGGAUAUUGCCCACUUAUUAAUGAUUGGUCAGAUAAUUGGGUGGAAUUUUAUUCGCGGAAUCGACUGAAGAAAGUUAUUGAUAUCGUUCUUGAGAAAACCGGUGAUAGGGAAUUAUUAACUUUAUGGCCAAGACUGGAACGGAAAAUUCCCGAAUAUUUCAAAAAUUGUGAUAUAUAUCCAUGCUUAUUACAUGGUGAUCUCUGGUCUGGAAAUUAUUCGUUUACUAAGGAUGGUCCAGUAGUGUUUGAUCCGGCAUCUUUCUACGGGCAUAGCGAAUAUGAGUUUGGCAUUUUGACUAUGUUUGGUGGCUUUCAUCAAUCUUUUCAUACAGCGUAUCACAAACUGAUACCACAAACUACAGGAUUCACCGAACGUGUCCUUCUUUAUCAGCUCUUUCAUCAUUUAAAUCAUUGGAAUCACUUUGGUACUGGAUAUAAACAUGGUGCAUUAAGCUUAAUGCGAAAACUUUUAUAA